UAGGUAAAUCUUUCCAAAUGUAUCAUUUAGGUAAUGUAGUUGAUCAUUAACAUAGAUUAGUUAAAGAUAUCGGGGAUCGGAUUAUACGAAUGUACUGUGUACUAUGACGACAGGGUGGGGGAGAUAGAGAGGGAGUGUGAGUGCGGUGCGGCUUCUGGAUCACACUGUUUGACGGUGAUGAGAAGUUGCGGCAGUGGGAAAUGGACAGAAUGAAACCGGGUUUUAAUCACCGCGCAUCUGGCUCUCCGAGUGCGCGCAGUUUACGUCUGACAUGAGUUCGGACUGCGAGAGUUACUACACCGAAGAAAACGUGCUCGUGGAGAACUUCACGUGUCCGAAAGCGGACGGUGACACCACGGCACUCUACUGCUGCGGGUUCAGUGACUUGAAGUACUGCUGCGCUGACCCCAACAGCUUUUUCCCUUACGAAUAUGGAUACAUGUGGUGGCUGAGUCUCGGAGCCCUCAUGGGUCUCUCAAUAGCAGCUGUGGUUCUUCUCGCCUUCAUCAUCACUCUGUGUGUUCUCUGCUAUCUGUUCAUCACCACCAAACCCAGAGGUCUGGACAAUGGACUGCCGCUGCGAGCACCAGGUUCUACAUCUAGCCCACAAGCACCAGGGCCCAGUAACAGCAGUGUCCCACCUGGUCCCCAAGGCCUCAGGAAACAUUUCCUGAGAGGCAGGCUGGACUGUGACAACCAACCCCCGGACCCUGACCGCCUUUUCCAACGUUGUUUCUUGGCUACGGUUACGUCUGUCAAAGUGGAGGGUCCUGCUUAGCCAGAGUUAUUUCUUGGUGUUUCUUGGCCGCCUACCUGUCACCACUCCACUAUAGUUUUCUGCAUUACAACAAUCCAGGCUGAACUGAAGUUUGAUCUCCACAUAAUUACAUUUUGUCAUGUUUGAUUCAACAGAACACAAAUGCAAACAUUUCUGUUUGAGCCCUGAGACAAAUAUUUCCUGUUUUAGCAAAAGAACAAACUGAAAAGGUUUCAGCUGAUUAAAAAUGUAGCCAAAGAUGCAAAUGGGAUUUUGAUGGCGUAACCUUUUGCAUGUAUUACUUUUAGUUUGAAGAGUCACAACUAUUAUUUGUUGCACUGAAACCCAGAAGUUAUUGUUCCACUUAAUCAACAGAGACAGCAAAACCUCUGAUUGGAAAUCAUUAUUUUGCUGCCUGUCCCAAAAGGCGUUAGCGUCUGCUUGGAGGAAUACAACUAAACAGUACAAUUACAGGCUGCUACUUUAUGGAUAGUUGAAUAUUUGUAUGCUGGCAAAUCACCAGCAGUGAGUAUUCAAAAGAAUAUAUUUACUGAAAAAUGUUGAUUGCACAUUAUUUAAAAUCCACAGUUUGAAAUGGCUUUAGAUGGAUGAGCUUACUUCUAAAAAAUUUCUUUAAAUGAUAAGUAACCCCAACAUGGACCUUGAGGGGAGAAAAAACAAACAAACUCAUUGACUCAUUCAAA